AUGGUCCAGUCGGUGACGACCAAGUGGGGAAAUAUAGACAGUAUCCGUCGAUUCCAACCCAACACCUUCCACGCCUGCUUCCUGGUCUGCAAGCUUUGGUACAGGACCCUCCUCCCGAUCCUAUGGCGCGAAUACGACUUUGAGGAGAUGCAACGUGUACCCACUCGUAUCAUUACGCGAUACAGCCUUCUCUUUCGACACUUCCGUUCGCAUGGAGGAUGCGAUGGUCCAUUCAAUUGCACCUUGUUGGAGAGUUUGGACAUGCGGUACGACGUCGCAUCCAAGGCGACUAACAUGAGCAUGCAGACUCAGCGGACACUGGUUCGGAUGAAUCCUGGCGUCGAGGUUUUGCAGUGGGAGGGGUCAGAGGCGUCCAAAACGCGGGCAAGAUUGGACGAGACAGAUUUCGAGCAGCUGGACAACAUUCGGGAUCUGCAACUGGAUCGGUGGAACAGCUAUCAGGGAUCGCUGGUCAAGGCGUUGGGGACGAUGGCGAGGACAUUGGAGAGACUGGAGCUCUCAGGGGUCCAUGGUUUCAAGGAAAGCGACCUUCCCAAGGGUCAACCUCAAGGACGUAAAGGCGAUACAGGAGUCAGCGGAGGGGCAGACAAAGGGAGUGGAGGAUGUGAGCUGGUGUUGCCCAUAGUCAAGACUUUGCGGGUGCCAUAUUUCCCAAAGAACACGGACCUGAUCUAUCUAGCCGGAUGUUGCCCCGACCUUCAACAGUUCACGGUGGACAUUACCAUCGCACGAUUCGACAUGAGCCGCCUUGCCAGUACUCUCAAAAACCACUGUCCGCGUCUCUCUAUUCUGGUCAUCAACGAUAAUCACGACGAAUUUGAGCGCGGGUUUUCCAUUGGCUCCCUUAUUCGAGGCUGCUCCUUGUAUGGACUGAGCACGAUCAAGUUUGCAGCCAUGACCCCCAGAAACAGCGAACGAGACCUUCUCUGCUCCAUAUUGGCCCACUCUGCCACCCUGGAACACAUCACUGUCGACUACUUUUGUGAGCUCCAGGGCGCGUUUGAUCCAAAGGAGAUCCUCCGGGUAUUGGUCGAGUGCCGCCGACUCAAGACGUUGUCUCUCAGCGGUAGUGCUGGGAUGUCGACCCUGGCGACGUUAAAGUUUCUACAGGGUCAGCCGUGGGGGUGUCACGGGUUGGAGCAGCUGGCGUUCGAUUUCGAUGGCGAAAUCGGAGGGAUGGGGAUGAUGGGAGGCCCAGCAUGGCGAACUCUGAGCAAUACUGUGGACAUUUCGAGUACGACCAGCUUCAUGGGCUGGUAUCGCCACCCUCAGGACUCGUCAAUCCUUCACGACGAAGAAGACGCGCCGUCCAAGCUGUGCCUGAAGGAGCUGUUUGGGAUGGUCAAGGGGCAGGACCGGCUUCAGUUUGUGGCCUUGAAUCUCGUUUCCUAUAGCCGGUCGCCAGACCCUAGACUUUCUGCUUCCUGGUGA